AUGUGGGCAGCAUUAACCACAUCCAUAUCUCAUAACAAAAUCCCUCCGCCUCUCAUCCCUCCUCCUCUCCCCAUCCUGAAAUGGGUUUUCCGCCUCACGAACCCCGGCGCGACAACAAUAAUCAUCUACGAGGAUGCGGCCUCAUCACCGUCUCCCACCGAUGAAUCCCCUUCCACCUCCUUAGACAAGGCUCUCAUCGCAGAAUGGCUAGCAACACUAACAAUCACCGGCCCCCUCGACUCAGAAACCCUCUCAGCCUCCCUCCUAGACUUUGGUCCACCGCACCAAUCCUCACCAGACGUCCCCAUAUCUCAAUACGUCAUAAACGGCAUGUUCGUAACACCCUCGGCACGAGGAAAACAACUCGGCACCAAGCUACUCGAAUUCGCCAAAGCCCAUGUCGCUUCAGAAAUAGCAACUACUCGCGCAGAAGGGAAGGGGAAGGAGAGGGCACGGAUAUCACUCAUCGUAGACUACGAUAAUGAACCCGCCCGCAAGACGUAUGCGAGGUGCGGAUUUGAGAUUGUUCGUCGGUAUUGGUUUGAUGAUUACCGUGAGGGAAGGGAACCGAGGACCGAGGCGGCGAUUAUGACGCUUGACCCUUGA